UCACUCCGCCGCUGCUCUCUGACUGAAUAGGCCAACUGUUUUUGCUUUUUAGACUUUCGUAAGUAUUACAGCACCGGCGCACAGUCUGAAUACGGGCUUACACACGCUGGAGGCGGCGGGGCUUUCCACUUGUUCCUCUAGAACCAAUAACCCGCUAAACUCUCUGUUGUGCCCUCAUCUGACGCAGCGAUUCCCAGAACAUGGCACGGACUUUGGGGCUGUUUGCUUGGACUUGUUUGUUGUUUCUUCUCCCUUCCUUGGCAGAAGGGAGCCGCGGCAAGGAGAGAAUUUACUACGUGGGGAUCAUUGAGGACUCGUGGGAUUAUGCACCAAGUGGAAGAAAUCUGAUCAACGGGGAAAACGUCGCAGAUGAUGAGGAAGCAUCUGUAUUCCUGAAAAGAGGACCCCACCGUAUUGGCAGUGUGUAUAAGAAGGCCAUGUUCAGACAGUACACAGAUGCUACGUACAAAGUACAGGCCCCUCGACCUGACUGGUUGGGAUUCCUGGGGCCCAUACUGCGAGCGGAGGUUGAUGACGUCAUCGUGGUCCACCUGAAGAACUUUGCGAGCAGGAACUAUUCGAUGCAUCCCCAUGGAGUUUUCUAUGAGAAGGAUGCAGAGGGGGCACUCUAUCCAGAUGGGACAUCAGGCAGGUUGAAGAAGGAUGACUGUGUUCCUCCGGGAGGCAGCUACACCUACCGCUGGGAGGUCAGGCCAGAAUUUGCCCCCACAGAUGAUGACGCCAACUGCCUGACCUGGGUCUACCACUCUCACUUGGAUGCUCCCAAGGACAUCGCCUCAGGACUUAUCGGGGCUCUGCUCACCUGCAAGAAAGGAAUCUUGAAGAAGACUAAUGAACAAGUUCAGACGAAGCCAGAAUCUGUCACAGACUCAGCCCGACACGAUGUGGACCAGGACGUCUUCUUGAUGUUCAACGUGGUGGAUGAGAACCUGAGCUGGUACCUGGAGGAGAACAUUAAGAUGCUCUCUGAUCCAGCUGGAGUCAACGAAGAAGACCCAGACUUUGAAGAGUCGAACCUGAUGCACGCUAUUAAUGGGUACCUGUUUGGUAACCUGCCCGGGAUCAAGCUGUGCCAGAACCGUGCGGUAGCCUGGCAUCUGUUUGGCAUGGGUAACGAGGUGGACAUUCACUCUGCCUUUUUCCAUGGGAAUACGCUGCUGGACCGUGGCCACCGCACCGACGUCCUCAGCCUGUUCCCGGCCACGUUUGCUACCGCUAAGAUGGUCCCGAAAGCAAGCGGGAAGUGGCUGCUGAGCUGCCAGGUUAAUGACCACUUGCAGGCCGGGAUGCAGGCUUUUUAUGAAGUGAAGUCAUGUGGCAGUGAGGGUGAGGCCAGCACCACAGUGAUGGGCGGUGUUGUGAGGAAUUACUACCUGGCAGCAGAGAGAGUCCUGUGGAACUAUGCCCCCUCAGGAAAGGAUCUGAUUAACAAUGUAUCCCUCAUUGAGGCCGCCAGUGCAUCAGAGGUGUUUUUCGGCAGAGGUGGUGGAAGGAUCGGAGGUCAGUACAUGAAAGCGAUAUUCAAAGAGUACACAGACAAUGCCUUCAACGUCACAAAACCACCAACACCUGAUCCCGGACAUUUAGGAAUCUUAGGUCCAGUCCUGAGGGCAGAGGAAGGAGACACUCUCAAAGUGACAUUCAUGAACAAGGCUGAUAGAAAUUACAGCAUCCAGCCUCAUGGCCUGCACUAUGACAAACACUCCCAGGGAAGCAGCUACGAGGACGGUGUUAACAAUCCCGGCUCCCACGUUGGUCCAGGCGAGCGCUUUGUCUACACCUGGCAGGUCCUAGAAGGUCCGUCUUCAUCUGAUCCGCCCUGUAUCCCCUACCUGUACUACUCUGCCACUGAUCCUGCCUUGGACACCAACUCUGGAUUAGUGGGACCUCUGCUCGUGUGCAAGAAAGGAACGCUGAGAGAGGAUGGAACCCAGAAAGACGUGGAUAAGGAGUUCUUCCUUCUUUUUUCUGUCAUGGAUGAAAACAUGAGCUGGUAUUUGGACGAGAAUAUCGAGAUAUUUGGCAGCAAGGAGACAAAUCCACAGGACGAGGUCUUUGAAGAGAGCAAUAAGAUGCAUGCUGUGAAUGGACGCAUGUAUGGGAACCUUGCCGCACUGGAGAUGUGUGCCGGGGACAAAGUUUGGUGGUACACCUACGGGCUAGGUACAGAGGCGGACAUCCAUGGUGUUUAUUUUGAGGGGAACACGUUCAAGAGGCAGAGCACAACGCGCGACACGGUCAGCGUUUUCCCCCACACCACUGCUACCGUCACCAUGCAGCCAAACACUCCUGGUGUGUAUGAGGUGAGCUGCAGGGUAACAGACCACUACUCAGCUGGCAUGAGGCAGCAGUACAGAGUGGACCACUGCCCACAACGCAAAGUGAAGCACACGCGCACACAGCCCACCAAGAUUGUGCAGUAUUUUAUCAGCGCUGAAGAAAUAGAGUGGAACUACUCACCUGACAGAAAGUGGGAGCUGGAGAACUUCCACACCACAUUAGAGGACAGUCCGGGCAAUAUGUUUGUGGAGAGUGGGAAGAACCGAAUUGGCUCACGCUAUAAGAAGGCGGUGUACAGAGAAUACACUGAUGAGACCUUCAGAGUUCAGAAGGAACGGCAGCCCAACCAAGAACACCUGGGAAUUAUGGGUCCAAUAAUCAAAGCAGAGGUAGGGGAGCAGAUCGUGAUCACCUUCAAGAACAAAGCCAGCCGACCAUACUCCAUUAGUGCACAUGGAGUCAGGGCCAGUGGCUCGCACGUUCAUGUCAAACCCGGUCACAUACUCGAGCUGACGUGGGAUGUUCCUGUAAGCUCUGGUCCAGGGGUCUCAGAUCCUAACUGCAUCUCUUACGCCUAUUUCUCCAAUGUUAAUUUCAUAAAGGAUCUGUACAGUGGUCUUUUAGGGCCUCUGGUGAUAUGCAGGCCCGGGACACUGCAGCGCGGUGAGGGGCCCGACAGACAGAGGGACGACGUGGAGAAGGAGUUCGCUCUGCUCUUCAUGGUGCAUGAUGAAAACCAGUCCUGGUACUUGGACGAAAACAUCAGAAAGUACCUUGGCGUCAAUCCCGAUGCUUUCACUCCCGACGCAGACUUUGAAGAGAGUAACAUGAUGCACGGGAUCAAUGGUAAGGUGUACGGUAACCUCCAUGGACUGGUGAUGACGCGGGGCCAGAAAGUUGACUGGUAUCUACUGGGGAUGGGCAAUGAAGUGGACAUGCACACCGUUCACUUCCACGCUGAGACGUUCACCUACAAGACGGACCGUGUGCACCGUGCAGAUGUCUUUGACCUCUUCCCGGGGACUUUCCAGACUGUGGAAAUGGUUGCUGGGAACCCAGGUACUUGGUUACUCCACUGUCACGUGACUGACCACAUCCACGCCGGCAUGGAGACCACUUUCACCAUCAAAGAAAACUCUUCACAUGCACCAGGAAGUUCCAUAAAGACGCUGCUGCUCUCACUGGCACUUUGUCUUUUGGCUGUAUGUGGACUACACUGAUGAGAAGACACUGGAUAUAUGUGUGUAACCACAAUAAUGCACUUAAAAACUCCAGGGACAAAAAUCACUAUUUUUUGUGCAUUUGUGUUUGCUUGAAGUUAUGUAUAUAACUAUUAAGCAAUGAUCAGACCAGACAAAAUGUACCAGCAACUGUACAAUCAUGUAAAAAGAUUUUAUAUUUGUGGAUCGUUUCUAUGUUGUUCUGUUUUUUGUUUUUUUGUUUGGCAUGUUGCACUGUGUUUGAUGUUGUUAGUUUUGUGGAUCUUGCAAAGCACUGCUGAAACAAAUAUUUGAUUCCAGUUAUGAAUGUACAUUAAAAACAUUGUGAUACUUGUG